UUUUUUGCUUUCGUGUGACAGGGAGAGGCCAGGUGCGAGAAAUCAUUUCAGGAGGCCAGGCAGAGAUGUUAGUUUUGUAUAAGUUAGUGCAUUUCGUAACCCUUAUCACAGCUGAAGCAAGGGCUUUUAAAUUUGUGAGGCAGUCGUCUUUGAUUUCCAGCCACAAGAUCCUGAGGAUUUUUAUGUAAUGCUUUCAGUUCUUUUUAGUGGCCAAGUUGCAGGAGUGGUUUUGAAAAGGUCUCUAAGAAGGAUACCUAAGAUAAGGUGUUGGUUUGUUGGAUUUUCUAAUGUCGAUGGAGUUGAACUGGCUAACAAUUUCAGUGAAGGCUGGUCCACUCAAUUGAUAGUUGGCAAGCAUGACUGCCGCCAUUACACCAAUGGGCUGGUUGAGCACCUAACUGGAGAACGGAGUGUUCUAGAGCGUCUGAGUCCUCAUUGGCUGAAAAAAUCAGAAUAAUUUGGUUAGUUUUAAUUUAUUACUAUUAUUCUUUUCUUAGUUCUUAUAAUAAUAAUAAUGAAUAAUAAUAAUAAUAAU